AGAAGGCCUACGAUAGAGUUCCUAGAGAGGUUUUGAAAUGGCCAUUUAUGAAGAAAGGGUUGCCAAAAGUAUAUGUUAAUAUAAAUGAAAACAUGUAUGAAGGAGUGAACACAAGGGUUAAAACCUUGUUGGUGAAACUGAGGGACAAAAUUACAAAAACUGCAAAAGUUGAAGUACCAUGGUGUAUAUUGUGUGUGGAUGAUGUAGUAUUGGUUGGAGAGAGUUUGGAGGAGGUGAACUAUAGACUGGAAGAAUGGAGGGAAGCACUUGAGAUUAAAGGGUUAAAAAUAUAUCGAGCGGGCAAGGUAGUGGAUGAAAUUGAUAAUUACAAGUAUUUAGAAUCCGUAUUACAAAAGAAUGGUGGUUUUGACAAAGAUAUUAUGCAUAGAAUUUAUUGUGGAUGGAUGAAGUGGAGAAAAGAAUUAGGUGUUUUAUGCGAUAGAAGAAUCCCAAUCAG